CUUUCCAACACACCUGAACCACUCCACACCUCUAUUUAUUUCUCUCUUUAAAUCUACUCUAUCCCCAAACAGAGAACACUCAUCCUCCAUUUCCACUCUCUUUCUCUCUCUAUAACUCUUACUCUCUCUCUCUCUAUAAAAUUGCAAUGGAUUCAAGCUCUAAGGAAAUUACCCAAGAAUUCCCGCCAUUCUUCCGAGUGUACAAAGAUGGCCACGUCGAGCGCUUCAUGGCCCGUGACGAAGUCCCCCCAGCCGUUGAUCCCACAACUGGGGUCCAAUCAAAGGACGUUGUGAUCUCCCCAGAAAUACCCUUAAAGGCACGUGUCUUCAUGUCCAAGAUCAACGGUCCGGAUCAAAAGCUCCCCAUCCUCAUCCACUACCACGGUGGAGGCUUCUGUGUCGGAUCACCCUUCGACGACAUCGCGCGCACGUUUCUCAACUCUCUGGCAUCGAAAGCCCAGCUCAUUGCCAUUUCCGUUGACUAUAGACUCGCCCCAGAACACCCUCUGCCAAUCGCCUACGACGAUUCCUGGGCCGCGUUGCAGUGGAUCAUUUCCCAUCAAAACGGGUCGGGACCCGACCCGUUUUUCAACCAGCACGGGGACUUCGGUCGGGUCUUCCUCGCGGGUGAGAGUGCCGGGGCGAACAUAGCCCACAAUGUGGCUGUCCGGGCUGGCGUGAGCGGGUUGAAGCUGAAAGGGGUGAUGAUUGUGCACCCGUUUUUUGUGGGGAGUGAACCGGAUAAGAUGAUACAGUAUUUGUAUCCGACGAGUAGUGGGUCGGAUGAUGACCCGAAACUGAACCCGGCGGUGGAUCCGGAUUUGGGAAAGAUGGGUUGUGAGAGAGCGUUGGUGUGCGUGGCGGAGAAGGAUUGGUUGAAACCGAGAGGUAUGGGUUAUGUUGAGAGCUUGAAGAAGAGUGGGUGGGGAGGGAGCGUGGAGUUUAUGGAGAAUGAAGGUGAGGAUCAUUGCUUUCAUCUGUUCAACCCCACUAGUGAGAAGGCUGUACCUCUCAUGCAAAAGUUUGUCAGUUUUAUAAAUCAAGAUUAGUAUCGGAGUAACUUCGAUCCAACGAUAAUGAUACCUUUUGUAAGAUGUGUUUUUAUAUAAAUGAUAAAGUAUUAACUUCCGGUUUUUUGUUUUGAAA